UAUUUCUAAGGAUUUGGGUCAGCUGUACUGUCCAGCAACCAAUGGAUUUAAAAAAGGACUCAAGUGCAACUUUUUAACCACAGGUUCUAUUUACUUUUCUUUAACAGAGGAAAUCCAAGAUCACUGCCUCGCGCAAGCUGAUGCUCAAGAGCUUGUUGCUGGCCAGGGCAAAAGAAGCUCUUGAGCAGGAGAUCAUUGACAAGGAGGAGGAGAAGAAGCGUUAUCUGACAGAGAGAGUCCCUCCGCAGACCACUGGCGGCCUUUCCUUCAGAGAGCUGCAGGAGCUGUGCCGGGAGCUACACUCCAAAAUCGAUAUAGUGGAUGAGGAGCGGUACGACAUUGAGGCCAAAGUCAUUCACAACACCAGAGAGAUCCAAGAUCUGAAUUUGAAGGUGUUCGACCUGCGAGGGAAGUUCAAGCGUCCCAAUCUCAGGAGAGUUCGGGUCUCUGCAGACGCCAUCCUGCGCUCACUGCUGGGCUCCAAGCACAAGGUCUCCAUGGACCUCAGAGCUAACCUCAAGUCUGUCAAAAAGGAAGAUGCUGAGAAGGAAAGACCAGUGGAGGUGCGUGAUUGGAGGAAGAAUGUGGAAGCCAUGUCUGGGAUGGAGGGCAGGAAGAAAAUGUUUGAUGCUGCAUCUGUUCCCCCACAAUAGGAGGAUAGCGUGGGGUGAAACCUGGGGUGGACCUUGACGUAUUGAACCUAUGCUUGUGUAUAAUUGAUACAGUGGAUAUUUUUAAAAAAAUCUGUCUUUAGUUGGAAAAAAAAUGCUUCGUCUGCUGUGUGUUUGCUUUAUAUUCUGUUUAUCAUAAGGUCUGUUAUCAGUGGGGACUGCACCCAAGAAUAAUAUUGAACUGGUUGCUGUUUCCAGGACAGGGAGUUGCUUAUCCUGGUUGUCCAAUGUAAUUAUUAUUAUUAUUUAUUUCUUAGCAGACGCCCUUAUCCAGGGCGACUUACAAUUGUUACAAGAUAUCACAUUAUUUUUACAUAUAAUUACCCAUGUAUACAGUUGGGUUUUUACUGGAGCAAUCUAGGUAAAGUACCUUGCUCAAGGGUAUAGCAGCAGUGUCCCCCCCACCGGGGAUUGAACCCACGACCCUCCGGUCCAGAAUCCAGAGCCCUAACCACUACUCCACACUGCUGCCCACAAUGGACAUAAACCAUGAAAACAUCAACCAGUAAGCUUUGCACUGUGUUUGACAGCUGACACUAGAUACUGUUGCCCUCUAAUUUCACAGAAAGGAAAUUUAGCUGUCUUGGGGCUUCAUUCAUAUGUCAUUAUUGUGUCAGUAAAAUGCAGUCCCUUUACAUUCACUGACACAGUCGUGCUUUUAAGAACACAGCCCUCUGUUUCAGUGUAAAGACUGGUCAUAGUAUAUCUUAGAUUGUUAGGAGCAGAAUGUCCAGCUUACAGGAAGACAUUUAGACCUGAAAUAAAUUGAUUAGAGCGCUGCCAUAGCCAUGGCAGCACUAUAUUCUAUUGCUAUUUGUAUAGCGCCGUAGCGACUUUGGCAGAUCAUUAUGAUUUAAUCUGGGUCUUUUAGAAAAGGACUAUUGAUUUAAGUGCUGGCUAUGUGUGUUUUCCAGUAAGAAUGUUACAGCAACCCUCAAAUGGCAGUUUGGUAUUAUCGGCAUUUCAUUUGAAACAAUGUUGCUUUUCUCUCUACUAUCUGCUAUUGGUGAACAUUUGAAAUGUCACUGUUUGUUUCAGCUAAUCUGAUCAAAUAAAGCGUAGCUAUGACCAAAUGUUACACCAAGGGAAUUUCUGUCUGCAUAAUACAGCAAUAAUAAAAUGUGUUGAGUUUUUUUUCUUCUAAAA